GCGACAAACCACCCACAGUGAGCCUUUCCUCCUCCAGUCCUGUCUCACUGUCACCUCAGUCAGUGUCAGUUUGGCUCCAGUCGUCUCACCCGAAACCCCAUUCACCCAUAUCCAAAUAAGUGUCGACAAGAUGAGCCGCGCUGCUAGUCGUCACCAUUACGACUAUAGCGACGAGGAGUCGUUGGCGUCCACGGGCAUCGACAUCCGUGUCCAUCGGGCGCCGCCUCCUGGCAUGGUCCGUCCUCCUCCCAGGUCGCCUUCGCCCGAUCGCACCCACCGUGGCCCUACCUACAUCCAGUCCGUAUCCCGGUCCGACUUUGGCGGCCCAUCCCGAGUACCUUACUGGGAGCAACGCGCUCCUUCUGUUGUCAAUGAGCGCACUCUCGUGGCUACUCACGCCCACCAGAGCCGCUCACGGUCGCGUGCAGGGUCGCGCGAGCGCCCCUCUCCUCCCGUUGGCAUGGUCGUCCCAGCACCUCCCUCUCCUGCGACCAAGGGACCGGUUGUGGUUCAGAACAUCAUCGGCCGCGGCCAUCACAGCUCCUCUGAUUAUUCGUCUGACUCGGAACCUGAUUACCAUGUUCAUGCUGGCCUCAGCAAGCGGGACCGCAAGUCUCACAGCCGUGGUGCACACAGCCGCGCCCGUAGCCGGUCGUCGAGCGGCGAAAGCAACUUUGACGACGCCCAUACCAAAUGGGAGCUGGAGAGAAUGAAGGCCGAGCUCGCGGCCAUGAGGUCCGCCAACGAACAGAAGAAGCAGAGUCUCACUCAAGAAAAGUACCACGAAGAGGAGAUCGAGCUGGUCAAGGCCCGGGAAAAGUUGGCCACGAUCAGACUCGAGGAGGAGCGGAGCAGGUCCGCUUACGACCAGGAAAAGUCACUCCGUCUGCGCGAUGCCGAGGCCAAGCUUGAGCGCCUCGAGCGUGCUGCCGAGGAGAAGCGAUUCCAGGCCGAGCACGACAAGGAUGUGGACUACCACCAGACCAAGCUCCAGCUCGAGCUGAUCCGGCACAAGGAGGACGAGGAACGCCAGCUGGGCCACAUGAAGGAACAGCAAUCGCUCCAUGAAGCCAAGUUCCAGCUGGACCUCAUCAGGCGUAAGGAGGAGGAGCGCCGCCUCCAAGAGCAGCACGAAGAGCACGAUCAGCUCUACCAAGCCAAGGUGCAGCUCGACCUCAUGAGGCGCAAGGAGGAAGAGUCUCGGGAGCGUGACAAGUACAAGGAGCACGACGAGCUGGCCGUCUCCAAGUUCCAGCUGGACCUCGUCAAGCGCAAAGAGGAAGAGGCCCGCCACCUGGAGGAGGAGCGGAAGAAGGAGGCCGCGUUCGAGAAGCAGCAGCAACUCGCGCAGGCCAAGUACGAGCUUGAAAUGAUCAAGCGGCGCGAGGAGGAGCGCCGCCGCGAAGAAGAAGAACACCGCCGUGAGAUGGAGUACGAGAAGCAGCACCAGCUGCACGAAGCCAAGUUCCACCUGGACAUGAUCCGGCGGCAGGAGGAGGAGCGGCGCCGUGCAGCGGCUCGCGAGGAAGAAGAAAAACUCAUUCGCGCCAAGGAGAGGCUCGAGCGGCUGGAACGCGAGGAGGAAGAGGAGCGCAAGCAGAAGAAGCUCGAGGAGGAGCUGGAGCUGCGCAAGGCCAAGGAGGAGCUCGAUCGCAUGCGCAGGGAGAAGGAAAAGAAGGAGGAGGAGGAGCGCUUGCGUCGCGAGUACGAGCUCAAGCGGCUAGAGGAAGAGAGGAAGGCGGAAGAAGAACGGAAGCGUAAGCAGGAAGAGGAGGAGGCGGCCGUGGCCCGCUGGAAGGCUAAGGAGGCCGAGCGGCUGGCCAAGGAGCAGGAGGAGAAGGAGAGGAUGGAGAGGGAGUACCAGCGCCGCCUGCAGGAGGAUCUGAUCAACUCCGGUCUGGACGAGAAGGCUAUCGCGGCCAUUCUCAAGAAGGAGAAGAUCAAGAAGGAGAAGAAGGGCAGCGAUAGUGACAGCGACAGUGAGAAGGAGGCCAAGAAGCAAGGACAGAUUGCUCGUCCUACCUAUACUCGCAUGUCUCUGCGCCAUCUCGACGUCGAAACCCUCUACCACUUCAAGAUCGAUUUUGAAUAUGAUGCUGAACCAGGCUACGUCCUAAUCAAGCGCUGGGUGCCGGAAUGGGAGCAGCAACAACUCUGGGACCACACGCGCCAGAUCCGCACCGUAGUGACCAAGGAGGUAUCCGAAACUCUGGUCAUCAAAGACAAGAGAGACAAGCACCGCGAACGCUCGCACUCGCGCCAUCACAGCCACAGCCAUUCGAGGAGCAGCCACCAUAGACACAGCGGUAGUCAUCUUGACGACGACCAGUUCGAGUUUGUGCGUAAGAAGAGCAGCACCAGACAUCGCAGCAAGAGCCCUAGCUUGUUGAUGUAUUUGGCUGGUGGACGGCCUUCAUGAGAGGAGGGAUUCGGGGAUAAGGGGAUAAUGAGGGAUGAUGUGUUUUGACUUUUGUUUGGGAUGAGAGAUGGAUGUGUUUUCUUUUGCUUUUGGAUAUCAUGAAAUGAUUGCAUUGCUUACCUUUUUCUGAUUUUUGGUUGAUGGUUAAGGUUGGGUAGUAACAAAGAUAUCCAUCAUCAAUUCACUCAUUGUUGGGUUUCAGUUUCUUCUCAAUACCCUCCUACUCCUAGAAAGAUUGGAUGAGCACCAGAAACACACGGAAAGAAAACCCAAGGGAAUGACUUAUUAGUACGUUUGUCGAUGAUGGAUGCUGUAAGGAUAUCACGACAAGACAGAAACCCAUGACUUGAUUC